AUGGCAGGGAAUGCCAUGGAAGAUUUGUUGGGGCCGCCCAGCACUGGGCAGCAGUACAGCCAUCAGCAGUACAUACCCGGAACGGAGUACUAUGCUCCGCCAUCAGCACCGGAUCCAGGCAAGACGGUGGAUCUUUCUGGGAGCAGCGCAGCAAGCCAUUCGACUCCCCAGCCUGGGCCCAGCUUUCGGCCGAGUGCACCAAGCAGUUAUGCUGCCAGCAGCUCGGGCGGAUCCCGAGGGCCUACCAGCUUAGAAGGAGGCAGCGGGCCGACGUUUUCGCUGGCCAGCUUGAACCCGCAAGCCAUUAUGCAUCAGCUGACUUCACGACCCUUAACGGAAGUGGUUACCGAGCAGGGGCGCACGUUGAUGCAGAUUCCUCGCUACAUGGCGAGAGCGUACACGGCUGCGGCUCGCCGCUAUCUCCGGCCUUGGAACGAGUUUGCCCGUCUCAAUCCGAGCAGAAUCGUCGAGGGCGUGCGGCAAGCCUCGCGCCGUGGCGAGAUUCAGAUUUACUUUCAGCGGAAUGUGAUUGCAAACGCACGACACUUCUGCCCAAACUAUGCCUUCAUCUUUCUGGCGAUGCUGUUUAUGGCCGGCUAUCAUGUUUGCAUAUGCUUGCUGGAGUUGGUGGCGGCUGGUCUCAUGCCAUGCGCAGUGAACAGUUCAGAAACCGUCCGUGGACGCUGGCGAUAG